AAAUAAUUUGAGUCUGUAUGAUAGUACCCACAAUAUAAGGCCAUGCUAAGACACCUGUACCACCGGGAGAGGAUAGCCCUGACCCUGACACGCUGUGUGUCCACUAACCGGACCCAGACACCUGCUGAGAAGGGUAAAAGAGGUUAUCAGUCAGACUCAGCUCCUCAGAAACUACUUAACGAGCAUCUCCAAGACAAGGAAGCAGAAGAACUGAUAAAAGGGUACCGAAGUUGGGGUUACAGACACGCAGCCACGUCCCCCUUCGGACACAGCGACCAGACAUCGCCUCUCACAGAGAUACUAUCUAACAGUGAUGACAGCAAGUUGAGGAAGGUUCUAGACGGUUUAUACUGCGGAGGAAUAGGUGUACAGUUCAUGCACAUUCCAGAUACGGACAAACAGAACUUUAUAUCAGAUCUUAUAGAGAAUAGGCCAGUUUUGAGCGAGGAGGAGCUUGUUAGAGUUACCCAGACGCUAAUAAGAUGUGAGAACCUGGAUAACUUCCUCGCUAACAAGUACAGUAACUUGAAGCAGUACGGAGGGCAGGGUGCUGAGGGUACUGUCGCUUUUUGUGAACUUCUCUUCAACCUCUGUCCUAGGAACAAGGUUGAAGAUGUUGUUAUCGCUAUAGCACACAGAGGGCGAAUAAGCCUUCUGACAGAACUACUACAACUGCCUUAUCUUAGACUACUUAAGAAGUAUGGGGGAGACCGGGAGUUUCAUCCUGACGAGAGAUCAAUCGGGGACGUGUUAUCCCACCUGUGGCAGUCUGCUGAUCUGGAGCAGCCGAGUGGAGGAAAUGUUCACGUGUCUCUUCUACCUAACCCGUCUCAUCUCGAGGUCGCUAACAGUGUGGCACUCGGUAAAGUUAGAGCUAAACAAAGACUCAAAAAGUCAGCCCCCUACUACGGAGAUAGCAGGAAUUCACCCCUGGCUCUCCUUAUCCAUGGUGAUGCUGCUUUCAGCGGACAAGGAGUCUCUAUGGAAAAUGCAAUGAUGUCUAAGUUGGAUGGGUAUUCCUCUAACGGGUCAGUACACUUGAUAACGAACAAUCUGAUAGGCUUCACUGCUCAGCAAGGAGCUCAAUGUAGUUCCUUUACUGCAGGGGACAUAGGCAGAAUGUACGAUGUGCCAGUUCUCUCCGUGGACGGUCUGGAUAUCCACUCUAUAUACCAGGCUGCUGUCAUGGCCAUUGAGUGGAGAACUAGAUAUCAGGAAGAUAUUAUCAUAGAUCUGCAGUGUUACCGGCUGCACGGCCACAACCAACACGAUGAGCCCCGCUUUACAAACCCUCUUAUGUACAAUAUUAUAGACCAGUUGAAACCCCUUCAAGAUAGGAUUGUAAGCGAGCUUGUAAAGGAUCAGGUCGUUCCUGAGGAUUUCGUAAAAACAGUGGAAGCAGAACAAAACGUAGAACUGAGCUCAGCUCACAAAACAUGUGCUGAUUACACACCACCGCGCAUGUGCUUCACAGGCAACUGGGAUCAGAUGACCCAGGCAGGAUCAGAUCUCACGACAUGGCAGACAGGGUACAAUUUGGAGGAUCUGAGAUGUGUUGGAGUUAAGAGCACGGAACUGCCGGAGGGGUUCCAGCACCAUCCCACUCUUAAUAGAGCUCAUAUCAACAAGCGAGCCAAGAUGAUGGAGACAGGUGAAGGAAUAGACUGGGCAAUGGGUGAAGCACUAGCGUUCGGCUCCCUACUCUUGCAGGGUUACAAUGUUCGCUUAUCAGGGGAGGAUGUGUCACGAGGUACGUUCUCUAACAGACACGUGACCAUGUACGAUCAGAAUACGGGGCAUCCUUACACUUCCCUCAAUCAUCUUCACACCGAGCAGACCACUAAGUUAGAAGCGAUAGACAGUUUGUUAUCCGAGGAAGGUGUUGUAGGGUUUGAGUACGGGUACAGUCUGGAGGACCCUAACUCUCUCGUACUCUGGGAGGCUCAGUUCGGAGACUUCUUCAACCCUGCCCAGGUGAUAUUUGAUCAGUUUGUAGUGAGUGGAGAAGCUAAGUGGGUCCUGCAAUCAGGGCUGGUGUCCCUACUUCCUCACGGGUACGAUGGUAACGGACCUGACCACACCUCCGCAAGACUUGAGAGGUGGCUCCAGCUCUCAGAUAGCAAGGAAUGCACUGCAGACACAGAUGAUGUGAACGUGCAAGUAGCAAACUGCACAACCCCUGCGCAGUAUUUCCACCUGCUGCGCCGCCAGAUGGUGCGCCCUUUCAGAAAACCUCUCGUGUUGAUGUCACCCAAAGCGUUACUCAGAUCACCAGAUGCAGUAUCUCAAAUAGCAGAGUUCGGUCCGGGGUCCACAUUCCAGAGAGUUAUCGGAGACGCAGCCGUCCAUAACAACGACGUGAAACGUGUUUUGAUAUGCUCUGGUAAACACUACUAUACACUUCGAAACAAACGUAAUGAACUGAAAGAUAAAAGCACUGCCAUUAUACGAGUAGAGGAACUGUGUCCAUUCCCAUCGUCAGAACUACAGCAAGAAUUAAAUAAAUAUCCUGACGCAGGGAAGUUUUGGGCUCAAGAAGAGUCUAGGAACAGUGGAGCGUGGAGUUUUGUUAAUCCUCGAGUCAAGAAUAUUCUCGGGCACGAGUUGGAGUACGCUGGGAGAAGUGAGUGCGCGGCUGCAGCAGUGGGUGUCUCCAAAGUACACGCUGUGGAGGUCAAGGAGAUCCUGAACCAGGCCUUCUCCCAUGUCCUAUAAUAUUCUUGUAUCUCACUACAAGGCUGUAUCAAAUCGAUACCCGAAUAUCAUGCAUGUCCAAUAUCAUGGACUUUUGAGGAAUAAUUAUGGUAAAAUGGAACUCUUAGAUAUUAAUGAAUUGAUAUAUGAAGUGGUAAUGAUGUUUGGUUUUUAUGAGAAUAUAUGUAAUUUUUAGGCAGUUGGAAUAGUUUUUAUAAAUACAGCAACGUUUGGACAGGAACGUCACUCAAAAAACUCCUAAUAACUCCAAAAUUGUAGUUUGAUUUUGAUUAGCACCGUACUGUAUUCAUGGUAUUUGAGGUAUUUUAUAUUUAUUUUUUGUGUAGACUGUUAUAGCCGUAGAAAGUAUAUAUACGUAUAUGUAUAUAUAAAUAUUACGUUAUUUAUUAAUAUCAAUAUCAUUAUUUAUACUGUGACCCUAUAUUAAUUGGUAUAGUACUCUUG